UUUUCUAGGUCAUCUUAUUCACAACUAGAGCCUACUCCUCCUGACAAGUGGGAAAUUUUACCUGAGCAAAUACAGUUUGAGGAGGAGCUGGGGAGAGGGGAGUUUGGUGUUGUUCACAAAGCAACAUUUAGAAAGAGUGAUGAGGCGGAGGUUUUAAACAAUGCGGAGGCAGCACAGGUGGUGGCUGUCAAAGUUUUACAUGGUAAGAAAUAAUGUUAUUUCCAUAAAGGGGAGACAUAGCCAAAGUCUUUGAUUUUGCAACUGCAGUCCUCUUCAUACUAAGAACCCUUUCGGAUUUUAACUACCCUUUUCAAAAACACGCGAACUCUGAAGUUCAAAAGCCGCCUUCACAAUUACGUUUUUCGCUGCCGUCAAUCAUGACUACAUCACAAGCAACGAACCUUGAAACACAGAAACAAUCAAAACGGAUCAAAAUCCACCAAUCACAAAUCAAAAACCAUGACCUUUUGAGCUCGUUGAAGUAAACCUCUGUUUCGACGUGAUAUUAAAACAAAUUACACCACCUAAAGGGAUUGCUUGUGUAAGAUAAAUAGUUGGUAUUAUCGACGUUACGAUCUUUGUAAGAGAUAAAGUUGAUAUUAUCGACCUUAAGAAGCACUCCGUUACUUAAAAUUUCCAAAGUAGGUUUAAUUUCUCAAUCAUCUGAUUCUGGCAGCUAAAUUCUUUAUCUUUAAGUGUAAAUUGAAUAAUACCCAUCCUUCUAAUCCUUCUAAACAAGUCUUCUAAGUCAAGAUUAAGGCGCUUAAUCAAGUAAAAAAGAAAUAGCCAACAGGAGGAACAAACUAACUACACAUUUAAGGAAAGGGAAGAAAUAUUUUGCCAUUUGUAAGCCAUAGAAGGGGUGUUCCGCAUAUGCGUCUCACUUUAUGUUUACAUGUAAGUUUAUGAUUUAAGGAAAAUUUGCAUGUAACACUGAUGUCUAAACAAGUAAUAAUCUAAAUAGCGUAUAUCGAAAUUUGAAAUUUGCUUGUAUGCUUUGUGUUUUGUGUUUUAAGUAAUUUGUAGUUUCUAUUUCACCAUGCAAGUGUGAAAAAAAAAUUAACAAAACCUGUUAAGUUCCAAAAAAGUAGGUUUAAGCCGAAAAGCCCUAAACAAAUGCAUCUCUUACAAAUUUACAUUUCCCAAAAACAAAAGAAACUGUAAAUUGAACCACAGUAGCCUUUGGCACAUUAUUCUUUUAUUUUUUGCUAUUAUGCUAAUGCUUAAUGCUUAAUGCUCAAAAUGUUUACUAAAUUAUGCUCUUUUGGCCCUGCUAAAAUGCUCGAAAGUUCCAUCAAUACAUACACAAUAAUAGACACAAAAAUUUCAGUAACUAGAAUGUAUGUGUUACUCUUUUGUCUGAGCCAUCCAUACUGGAAUAUCAAGCAAACAAAAUGGGUAGGUACUUUAAGUAGGGUUACACUUUAAUAACCCUACUUAAAGUACCUACCACAAAAUGGCGGCUGCACACGCUGAACCACUGACCAGUAUGAAUGCGGCCAUUGACUAGACCCAGGCUCUCACUAGUUUUGGCUAGAAACCUCUGUAAAUAUAUAUGUUUGGCUGUUUUUCGGUGAAUUUCAUCACUUUAGACAAAAUUUUCCUUUUUAAUGAUACAAAAAUCUUGCUAAAAUGCUGGCAUUUAAUGCUCGAUGCUUUUGCCAUGCUAUUAUGCUCAAAAUAAUGGUAGCAUAAUAUGCCAAAGCCUAACCUACAGAUAGAAUUAAAGCCAAUAGUGAAGUAAGUCCGGUUUUAAAAAAAGCUAGUCUCCCCGCAGACGUCCUUUGGAGUUCGAACGAACCCCAAAGGACGUCUGCGGGGAAGCUAAAAAAAUGCAAGCUCUACUCAAUAUUACUACUCCUUCUGAAGGAUCGGAUACAUAUAAAGAGAUUUUGGCUCCCCCUUUUGUAAUCCAUGUCGUCCAGUUUACUCCGCAAGUCGUUUGAUAACGACGAAAAGGGAAUUAAAAUUAUGAAACUGAGCUACGACAUCAACAAGCUGACGGCUAGACCCAGUGUGUGAGCGGGGUCCAAGGGCAUGAUUUUUGACCCCUUUAUGUGUGAAAUUGGCUCUAAAAAAACGUGAAACAGGAUAAGGUUUUGCUCUACCUUGUACCAGGUCUGUAUUUAUUUUUUUGUACUUUAUUGUUGGUUUGUUAUUCAUUUAUUUCGCGUUUUAUGAACAGCAGUUUAGGUAAUGAGGGAAAUCACAUGGUCACAUCACACCACCACCCGAUACUCAGAGACCUACCGGGGCUGCUGGCAGGGUGCAGUGGUAAACUGAAAAUAGUAACAAAUGUCUGAAUAUUUCUCGAUAUUCUAUUACACGGUAGAAUACAUCUGUAUACACCCUUGUGCAUUAGAGGAUGAGUGGGAGGCGGUAAAAAUGGACGAAUAUAUUUUUCAAAUGAAACAUUUUGCACUGAAUAAUGCUGAAGAAUAACAAUAAUAAAAUCAAUGUCAUUUUAUUCAAUUAUCUUUAGAUAAUCCAUCUGAAGCACAGAAAGAAGAGUUCACGUUUGAGAUUGAGCAGAUGAAACUGUUGGGUUCACAUAAGAAUGUUGUAUCCAUGGUUGGAUGCUGCACGCUUCAGGAGAAAAUGUUCCUGGUUAUAGAAUACGUUCCCAGUGGUGACCUGCUGACGUGGCUACGCCGCAGAAGAAAAAAGGUAUAAAGGACAUGAACAAUUAUACAAUUAGUUUAUAACGAAAUUAUCAAGAAACAGAUAUAGGGAGGCAAUAUUACGAAUAUAUUUUGGUACUAUCAGAACAUUUUGUACAACUUAUUUAAGCAAUUGCAGUUACUUCAAAAUUAUAAAAGCAUUUAAUGAUAAUACUAACAAUAAUAAUUAUAUUAUUAUUAAUAUUAUUAUUAUAAUUUUAAACGUGUUUUAUCCUUGGGUGUAACAAUGAUAGGGGUGGUAUUAAAAUCCUCCUUACGAAUCUUAGUCCAUAAAACCUGGUGUGCCUUUAAUUAGGGGCCGUAAUCUAGUAUGGAGAUAAUAACUUUUUGACUGUAGGAUCGCUUGAAGCCAUGCAGACGUAAAGUACGGUUUUUGUUACUUGCUUGAUGUUUAGAUCGAAGAACUUCAAGCUACCGAGAGAUGUUAUGCUGACAAAGAGGUUCUGAAAGAUCAGGGAGAGACCAGAGAUCAUGUAGGCUUGUAUAUAAACUGUAGUCUAACUUUCCAUUCUAGCUCUGUCUUAAAUGGUCUAUCAAAGAUAGAGCUACAAUAGCUUUGGUAGACCUAUUGUAGCUAUCUAAUAUACCCAUCCGAUUGUUGUUGAAUGGUUUACACGUAACGUAAUCAUACUUCAAAAUAAAGAAUUAUUUAUCCUUCUGAGUUUCAAUUUAGUGAACUAUUAGAGCAGCUGAACACGUGUGUUUCCACAAAGUUUCAGUUCGAAAGGGUUCUUCAUUUUGUGACAGAAUACGUUUGAAUAUUUUAAUAUAUUGCGUGAAGCGACAAUAAUGGGGCAGCAAAAGCUGUCACGUAACUGUAAGUUAAAGAGUGACAUAUCUUUUUUUUAGAUUUUUUUUAUCUGAACAGUCCUUGUUUUUUGAAUAAGUAUUAAGUUUAAUGUUUAUGAGCUGUCUUGAGAUGAGUACUCGCUUUAUGGCAAUGUUUCUGUUAGUUUUCGGUUGCCAUAUCUGUAAGUGUUCCUUAGUGGGACGCCAACAUGGCUGGCGUCUCAAAACAAAGCUCUAUAAAUUUGGGUAACACAUAUCUCCGAAUACCUCGAAAACAAAAAAACUGUACAGACCUGAAUCUUAGCAAGACUUUUCGCAUAUCCCUUAGAUUCCUGAUCGAAUUUAUUCAUUUUCACACAGGUCAGUAAACUUGCUAAGAAACUCAUGCUUACCUCCAUCGAUCCAUCGAUGUUAAGUUUAUCUUCGAUUGUGCACGUUUAGGGUCGGUUCAGCUCCGAAAAUAUUCUCCAAACAGCAGAUGUCGCCCUUCGAGUUGUCUUCUUGCUGUUCUUGCCAUGUUUUUAGUUAUUUUUUUUAACUAGUUCUUACUCUUGAAACGAGUGAAAUGUCCGCCAUUUUUCAAGUUCACAACCAAAACAACUCAACCUUGUCCCCAGGUCUUCUCGGUUAACGGUGCAUUAACCCGCAAGAACGCUGCAUUUUUGACGUCAUUUCCUCGCUGAACACAAAAUUCUUCCACAUUUGGUCAUCGGUAACUGGUUAUGGUGAAUUAAAUGUGUGCUUUUAGCCAAUCAGAAUCGGGGAAAUAUUUUGAAUGAAUAAUAAUCGAUAAAGAGCGAUUGAUUAAAUUGAAAAUCGAUAAAAAUUAAUAGGGGAAAAAGUUGUUGCUAAUCGAUAAUUGUCGACUUUACUCGAUUUUUAUCGAAGUUUUCGAUUUUAAUCGGCCGCUUACUUAAUUGGGUUAACUUUGGAAAAGAUCUUGUUUCCGAACAUAAGUAUAUUAUUUAUGUGGCUUUGGACGGUUAAAUUUGUAGCGAAAUUUAUUUCACAAAUUACACUCAAUAUUCUUACUAAACAUUUUCGGCCAAUCGACAGGAUAAAAAAGAGUUAUAAACAACUGUUUUGGCUUGCUUGCACUGGAAACUGUUCAAGUUGAACCCUACAAUGUAGAUAUAGUUCAAGUGGUGAGGAUAAUGUUCAGUGCACAGUUUUUCAGCAAGACCCUUAAAUUGCUUCCUCAAAAAGGAUAUUGGAAAGGAUCAUUUAAAUCGUUCUGUAAAUAUGCAAAACAAAGUAGAUAAUGAACUCCGCAACUAACUGGAAAGAGAAGUAGCAUGACCAUAAAACAUGAUAAAAAUGUGAGAGAAAAUCAUCAUUUAAAACAGAAAACAUCUGCGUGUGGCUAAAAUAAUUUUCUUUAAAAUAAUGCAUUAUUAGGUUUUGAACCUGAGAGGCAAUCGAUAAUAUCGUUAAAAUAGUUAAACACGAUAGCGUUGACAAUUGAUUUUCUGAUAUCGGUUUUUAUCGAUUGCGCUAGUCAGGUGUAAUACGCAAAAGUUGUCACUUUAUUUAAUGAUCUGGGAACCGCGAAGCGCCUCUUUAUGGAAGAAUUAGUUAACUAUAAAGACGUUUCGAAAAAUCAGAGAGAGGUUUGGGGAUCAAGUAGGCUUAUCACAAGACUAAAUUUGGUAUUGAAUAUUUUACUGAUCAGGCCUACUAAAGAUCCAGGCCUACUAAAGAUCACUGGUUUGUCGUUGUGGUUUUGCCUUCAGAAGUGUUUCUUAUACCACAAAACAUGUUACUUGCUAAUCGAUAAUAAUUGACUUUAAUCGAUUUUUAUCGAAGUUGUCGAUUUAAUCGGCGCUUACUUAAUUAGGUUAACUGCGUGACAUAGUAGCCUGCGAUCAAGCUCUCCAGGGCGCUCUGGCGGCGGGGCGGGGAAAGGAAGGAGAGCUUGCAACUACGUCUCUGGAAUUUGAAUUCUACCUCCAAUUCGCCUGUGGCUCCCCGUCGACUGAGCUGUCAGAUUUCCAACAAUCAGCGCGAAGCGGAAAAGAGCGCGAUUGUAAACAAAAAACACGUGCCAAGGGUAAUGGCGUCAUUACUAAUGUCAUCUCCGCCAAUCAGCAUUUCGCAUCGACUUAUUCAUUUUCCAGAGACGUAGCUACAAGAUCUCCUUCCUUUUGCCGCCGAGCCGCCAGAGCGCCCCAGAGAGCUUGCUCGCAGGCUAUUUACAUGGCGCAUGAGAGAGCUGCCAUGGGGGCUGAAAAAAUGACUCUGUUGGGGGGAUUUUGCUAUCUGAAUGGUCAUUGUAUUAAUGUCAAAGUUAAUGAGUUCCUCAAGAGAUGAAUUCACCCUUAAGUAGCACAACUCCGUGACACAUGUUUCUGUUGGUUUCCGGCCGCCAUGUUAGUGACCAUCCUGAUGGGCACCAACAUUGCGUCUCCAUAUAAAGCUCUAUAAAUGUAGGUAAAAAAAUUCUCCGAAUUUCUCGCGCUUGAAAAAUUGCACCGACCUGAAUCUUGGCGAGGGCCUUUGUAUAUUUACCUUCUUUCAUUUCCCAGAUUCUAGACUUUAUCUAUUACACGAGUUUGAUUUUUAUUUUUAAUAGCGUGACAGUGAAAACCUGCAAUAGCGUUACAUUUUUUCUACAUGUAAAUGUCAUCGCCAUUUUCUUUAAUCAUUUAGAAAAGUUUGGCUGAUGAGUAUGAAGUUAAGGAGGAUCAACAUUCUAUACACCAAGACCAAGAAGACAUUGCAGUGUCUCCGCAACAAAGCAACAAAGAUGCCGUUCUUGAAGUGAUUCCAUCGACUUCCACCGAAGUAGAUGUAAGACGAAAACAAAAACACUAUAAUAAUUACUUAUUCACUAAUAAAGAAGAAUUUGCCUCUAGGGCGCCUUAUUUUGCUUACGUUUCGCGUUAGAAGGACACAACAUGAUCUUGGUUUUCCUGUGCCACUAAUGUGUUUCGUCGAUGGUGUACCUUUUCUGCGCUGUCUUGGAUUUACGUUUCCGCGUCUUGUUUUCAUUCUCUUGAGCUAUUUUCAGUUGCGGGCUUGUGACUUCCAGAACGAUGGCUGAUGUAAGGAAUUGUCUAGUAAAAUGGUGUGUUUGUUGUUUUCAAUCAGUACCUCGUGUAUCAGCAGGUGGCCGAGACUUUCUGGGUAAACAUCAAACUGUGGGCAUAGAUUUCAUCCUAGACUUGAAAACAGUACCCUGGACCCAAAGUCAAUUUUAUCUACCUCUAGACUGGUCACUUUGAAGUUACUUUUAAUAGAUAAUACUUAUAUAUUCUGUGUCUCUUGUCUGGCUCAAGCAAAUUAUGUUAUUUUUAUCUUUUUAUCCGUUAGUUACUUAUUUACUAACAAGAAAAGUAAUUACUUGAAAGCUGUGCUGUUUCAAGCUAAACCAAAAAUUUGAUAGUUUUUUUAUCAAUUAAAUUAGGAUGAGGAAUUCAAAGUGACUGACAGAGAACUUCUAACCAGGCCAACGACAUCACUAGGAAAAACUCAAGCUUCUGCAAUGCCACUUUCAUUUGAAAACCUAGAGGAGUCAGGCGAGGAUCCUUGUGACGUAGAGGAGAACUUUUCUACCAAACAACUGUUUUCAUUUGCCUGGCAAAUAGCUAAAGGAAUGGUAAUUAUCUUGUUUUCUGGAUAAUGUUGCUGGGAUUCUGAUACUGAGUAUAACUUGGAAAGAAAAAUUCAAAAGUCAAUAUUUUAUAAACAUGAAAUAGAUGGGAUAAAUAUAUUGGCUGUUUUUCUAGAUAUGAGUACAUUAAAAUGGCUUAUAUGGAAAAAAAUUUCUUUUUGGUCGACCCAGUUUUGGCUAAAUUCGUUUCGUUAUGCAUCUAAAAGUAAAUAUUUGGAUCAGAUCAGUGCCGAUAUUUACUUUUCAUUUGUAUUUUUUCAUCUAUACUUAACUACUUAGUGUUCCCCGUACCCCCGUUAUUAUGUUUUAUGAUCAUUUUAAUAGUUUUUUCGUUGCUUAUUUGUUAUUAGAAUCAUCUCGCCGAAAACAAUCUUGUUCACAGAGAUCUUGCUGCCCGUAAUGUUCUUGUUGGCCAUGACAACCAGAUCAAAGUGUCAGACUUUGGGUUGAUGAGACAAAUCUAUGAAGAUGUGAGCAGCUCAGCGAAGUCCAGGAAACUUCCUGUAAAGUGGAUGGCCCCAGAAUCACUUUAUCAAGGGGUUUACACGACCAAAAGUGAUGUGUAAGUGAUGAGUUUUCCCGCUCCCUUGACAAGGGAACUAUUGAAACUUUUCUACUUAAUCACUUCUCAAAAUUGUAGUUGCCGUCAAAAAUUACAGAAGCAUAUAGCUCUGAAGCGCCUAAAUCCCCUUAUUUUUUAUAACCAUGCUAGGGUUUUUAGCCGUCCAAUUAGAAGCACGGAAAAUUGUUUGCCUAAAUAUGGAAUCAUAGUAUUGAAGGCAUCUCUGUCGAAAUAAAUAGCUGCUAAAAACGGAUUCUUCCAGUCCUUAACAGUUUUCCAAUUACAUCCUAAACUCAAGAGUACACGCAUUUUUGGGCUUCUCCGUGGGCAGUAAACAAUCUAAAUGCCGUGAAUCUGUACAUAUUUAUAACCUCUUUGAUUUUUCUCAUAGUUGGUCUUUUGGUGUUGUUCUUUGGGAAAUGGCUACCUUGGGUGAGUGGACAGUAAUUUUGUAGUUUACAGUUGUUAUGUUAAAUUUGAGGUGACUGACAAAUCAAAAAAACAUUUUUCAUGGUCUACGACUCUUAUAGACAGUAGAAAUGAUGUCAAAAUGUUGAAAACUCAUGCACGACCCGCAGGAUAAUAGUUUUACACUGCAAAGUUUUGAGCUCUCCAAGGGAAUUAAGGGGACCGUGCCUUAACCCACCUUCCCCGUUUUGCCAUGGUGGGAUGUGGCUUAUAACUGUUACGAUUGUUAUCAAGUUACUGCUCCCAGGAAGGGCGAAAACAAUGUUUUAUAAUGUUUCAUUUGCGGCAAGUUUUAAUUUUGUUGUUUGAUCUGGGCUCUGUUUUAAUUGAUUAAGUGCUGUGAGACAAGACAUCUCCUAGAUGAUAACCGUAUGUGACAAUACAUAUUUCAAUAUGUCAGAUUUAAAAAUUUGCGAGCAUUUGAUGACCGGAAACGAGCAGCCUUAUUGUUAAUCACCCUGCCUUCUUUCAUUACACAUUUAACUGCAUUGGCUAUAUAUCAGACCUCUAUUCAAUCAACCAUUUUUGCAAAAUGGCCUUAUUGAGUUUAUAUGAGGAGAAGUGACAAUCGACUAAGGCAUCUUUAAUAGAAAUCUAACUAAUGGAAAAUUGCAUGUAUUCAGUUGCUGAUAUGUAAUCAUUUGUUUUCUUUCUCGCAAUUGUCAGGAGGCGUACCAUACCCCACGCUGACCAACUCAGAGUUGUAUCGACUGCUCGGUACUGGUUAUCGCAUGGAAAGGCCUGACAUGUGCUCCGAUGACGUGUACGUUUCUUGAUUAGAGUGAUCUUAGAUUUAACAAACAGAUUCGAUUUUUCUGUGCGUCUGCUCAGUUACAUUUCACACCGAACGGUGCAGCAUACGAACUUGUCAAAUAUUUUAACGCCUUCUUUGAUCAUAUUAAAUACUGACCAGACGGACGGCAGGGGAAAACUUUUGAUGGGGUCCUCACUCUUUGAACAAGGAAACCCUCCAUUGGCUUUAUGGUCAAUAAAGGCAUCAUUAGUAGUGAUUAGGUUAAUCUCUUUCCUGGGUUCGGGGGAAGUACUCCAUGUACUAGGGGGGCACCCCCCAAAAGGGGUACCUCUGUCAGUCUUCUGGUAUAGGAAUUUUGCUAGUCGAAGUAUAUGAAAGGGUAGGGAAAUCUAUCAUUUUGGUCUGCAAAAUGACUUAAGAGGACCAGAUAAGAUUUUCUGGCUGUGUGGAAAAGUCGAGAAAAUUUUCUAGUCUGUUAUUUAUUCGUAUUCAAAAGGAAAUACAUUUUUCAGCAAUUAAAAGAGAUAAAGUUAAAGUUCUUUUCUGUCAAAAAUGAUACUCAAAAGGAUAAGGGGUUGGACCUUGGGGCAGAGCUUUACAUAAUAAUGGCUGGAUGAAGGAAUAGGGAAUCGCGUGAUAACCAAAACGUUCCAAGAGCCCAUUUUAAUGGGCUUUACGUGGAAGCUUCACCCAAAAGGAGUACCUUUUUAGGCCACAUGUAUAUGGAAAGGUAGGAAUUUCACGCGCUAAAAUGUUUGAAAUGAUAGGAAAUUUUGUAACUUCGGUAAUUUACACUAAAAGAUAUUUUAAACAGAGGUGCCUUUAUUGUAUGCUUAAUGUUAAGGGCUUAAUGGCUUAAAAAGUGAAGUAGUCGUACCAUUGUUUCAGGGUAGGCAGGAAAGGAAUGUAUAUGAAAGGGGUACCUUUUCUGUCAUGAAAAAUGCCGUAUAAAAGGAGUUGGACCUCAGGGUGGAGCCUCCCUGUAAACUCAUGAAGCUAAGACGCCUAUACAUUCUACUAAAAAAAUUUCUUUUAUUCCAAUAGACCUCUUUCGCUUGUAUGUUUUGUUUUGCCAAUACAGUUCAUGUCUAACGGUCAAAUUCCCCUGGGACCUCUUUUGGGAAACCAAAACAUACAAGCUGUAAAGAGGUCUAUUGACACUAUCUAAUAAUUGACUGGAGCUCUUCUAAGCAUUGAAUGGUUCCUUUUUUUUUCAAUUCAUAACAGAUAUGAGCUGAUUACUGAAUGUUGGAACGAAGACCCUUACAUUCGUCCCAGUUUCUACCGUUUGAUCGAAAAAAUGGAGGCGAUAAUGGAAAGGGACGCACCAUAU